UAUACAUGUUUAAAGAAAAUAAAAUGAUUUUUAAACUUCUAUGAAAAAUUUAACAUAUAAAAAAGGGCGAUGAAUUAGUCAUCAAAUUGUAAAUAAUUUCAUAAUUUUAUUAAUAAUAAAUUAUUUAUAAUUUUUGUUUUUCGUCAAGAUAAUUAUUAAAUGUCCAUAACAUUAAUAUGUUAAAAGGUCAUAUUAUGAAAGUCCAUGUUGUAACCUUUUUUUUUUCCGGGAAGUGUAACAAAAAAAAAUUACAUUUAACUCUUCGUUUUGUUUAAGUUUGUGUCGGCAAAAGAUUAAAAAAAAUCUCACUAUCUUGCCUAAACAAAAGGUAUAUUAGGUAAUAAAGCUAUGUGAAAUGAGCUACGGAGGAGAUUUACAUAUCUUUCGGCUUACGUGCCUAAUAUUCCAAUGUAUUUACAACCUCAAAUGCAUUGUGUGGUAAGAACCUUAAAUGCAUUUUACAAAGAAUGUUCUUAAUUAUGUGCAAUAGAGUGUCAACACCAACAAAACUAUAUGAUUGAUAGAUUAAGUAUUUAACAUAUCUUUAAAAAUAUGCAAGGGCAUAAUAAAUAUAUGUUUUAACUUUUGACAUUUGAAAGAGAACAAUAUAGAUAUCAUUCUUAAAAAAAAAGGUCGACAAACUGGUACUAGUGUUUUUUAAAUAUAGCAAGAUAGUAGUAACAACUACUAAGAAUAAUUCAUAAACUUAGUAUUGAAAUUUGUAUAUACUAUCAUAGAAUGUUCCCUUUAGUAAUAACCACGUGUGAAGCACCCCGCCUCAUAUUACAUAAUGAUCACCAACCUCUUUUGAUAUUUCGUUUGUGUAUAUAUAAGUGUGCAUUAAUAAGAUCAAUUCCCACAAUCCAUAAACAAUCCCCAAGAGCCGUUGACAAAACAAAAAAAAAAAAUCACAAAAAGUCGUCAAAGUAUACUCUAGACCCUCCAAUCUCCCGUAAAAAUCUCCAUAUAAAUCUCUGUCUCUCUUUGCCAACCUAAAUCAACAACCAUUCUUAUUCAUAGCCUAUCACACAACCCAACAAAAAAGUCCUUAACAAAACAAAACAAAAAAAAGUAAGAAGAGAUUUCAUCACUAUUCUAUUACAUUCUCUCUUUUCAAAUCAAACAUUUGACUUUUGUGACAAAGGCUUGAAGAAAGAGAUGAGGAGCGAAGCGGGUGGUGGUACCAUGGUCGUUGAUCUCCAAACCGAUCCAUAUAACAACAAUCACCAUCGCCACGAGAUCAUCACCGGUAAUGUCCACAAACCGCGGCCUAAAUUUGGUGACAUCUUAAAAGCAGACCACGACGGAAUAUUCCCUCCCGUGGACCCCAUCAUCAUCAACACAAACCUAACUCACCAACGGUUCAGCAGCGUCUCAACCUCGACCAUGAGCAGCGGUCCAACAAGCGGAGACGGUUCACCUUGCCUAAUGUCCCCUUGGGCCCGUGUGUCACCACCUUGGGCCGCAGAUUUCAACGAAGACAAUGUACUAGAGACCAAUGGUCUCAUCGGGUCCAUUGUACGUGAAGAAGGUCAUAUAUACUCGUUAGCCGCUUCAGGUGACCUUCUCUACACGGGCUCCGACUCCAAGAACAUUAGGGUCUGGAAGAAUCUGAAGGACUACUCCGGUUUUAAAGCGAGUAGUGGGCUUAUCAAGGCCAUUGUGAUAUUCGGAGAAAACCGGGUCUUCACCGGUCAUCAAGACGGUAAGAUCCGGAUUUGGAAAGUCUCGAAGAGGAAACCGGGAAAGUACAAACGGGUCGGUACAUUGCCUACGUUUAAAUCGUUGGUUAAAAGCUCGGUAAACCCUAAGCAUUACCGCGGUAAAAACUCGGUGAAAACAAAGCACCACGACGCCGUUUCGAGUCUUAGCAUGGACGUUGAGGUUGGUUUGUUGUAUUCCAGCUCUUGGGAUAGGACGAUCAAGGUGUGGAGAGUGUCCGAUUCCAAGUGUUUGGAGUCGAUACACGCGCACGAGGACGCAAUAAACUCGGUCAUGGUCGGUUUCGAUGACUUGGUGUUCACGGGAUCCGCGGACGGUACGGUGAAAGUGUGGAAACGUGAGAUGCAAGUCAAAACGAGGCACGUGUUGGUUCAGGUUUUGCUCAAGCAAGAAAGCGCGGUCACGGCGUUGGCGGUUAAAUUAAAGUCUUCGAUGGUUUAUUCCGGUUCGUCUGACGGGGUGGUUAACUAUUGGCAGCGUUCGAAGAAGCGUGUGUUCGUCGGUGGGAUACUAAAAGGGCACAAGUCCGCUGUGUUGUGUCUCGCUGUGGCGGGGAACUUGCUGUUGAGUGGUUCGGCGGAUAAGAACAUAUGUGUGUGGAGGCGGGACACGUCUGAUGGGUCUCAUGAGUGUCUGUCUAUUUUGACGGGGCACAUGGGACCUGUUAAGUGUCUAGCCGUGGAGGAGGAACGGGCUUGCCGCGGUAAAGGAGGAAAAACCUCGACGGUUGGUGAAGGAGACAGGAAGUGGAUUUUAUAUAGUGGAAGUUUGGAUAAGUCGGUGAAAGUGUGGCGCGUGUCGGAGAAGAUGGCGGCGUGGAGGGAGAUAGACGAGCCAGAAGCAGAGAGUUGCGCGUGAAGUUCUUUGGGAAAAUAGAAAAAAAGGAGUGCGUCGGAGCAUAGUGUGAUUAUUUACGAAAAUGCGCCGUCAUCGAUCAGUCACGAUGACGGUCUUCACGACGGGGAAGAGUCGGAGGAUUGUUUUUCAAUUUUAUGACAAUGUCAACGAAGAGAUUUGUGCCAAGUCAGCUAAAGAGUGAGUCAACACGGGCUUAAUGGUUUUCACGUAAUGAUGAGUUUUGCUUCUUUUCACUUUAAAAAAGAUCUUUUCAAAGAAUUGUAAAAUUAUUCCUUUCCGUGAAUUUGUAACAAGGACAAAGACUAAAUCAAACAUGUUUGUCUUCUCCGUGUGUUUAGUUUAUAUCGUGGUUGCAAUUUAUAAGAUGGCUUUUACCAAAGAAAAACUUUAUAAGAUUGUGGUUGCAACUUUAUAAUUUAUAAUAUACAAAUAUUGAUGAGUCGUUUUGUCUUCAUAGAAUUGGUCUUUUUUUUUGUUUUGAACUCAGAAUUGUUCUUUUCUAAAUUACAUUUAUAAAAUACAAAUAAUACAUUCAUGAUUACUGUUUGGAUCCAAUUUUGGUCAGAUUUCGAUUAGGCCAGAAUAAAUUGGGUCAUGCGACCUGCGACAAAGCGUAAUCUGUGCUAAUGAGUUCAUGUCGAUUUGAAGAACCGGAGAUCGCGGAGAAGUUGAAAAAAAUCCGAGAUCGAUCGAUUAUAAAAAAGGAGAACGUCGGGAAGAAAGAGGGGCACGGCAAAAACCCGAGAGAUAGCUUAAUACACACAUCGACUUCAUUUUGAUCUCGUUUUAAGUUCUUUCUCUUAACUAUCUCAUUUGAAAAAUUGGAUCUCAUUUCACUUAUUGUAUUGAUUCUUAUUCAUCAAUAAAAUCCAUCUUUUUUCUACCAGAAUCUGAUUACAUCGUUGUGUUCUAAAGAUAUCGUUGCCCACAUCGUCUUCUCUUUCCUAGAUUUAACUUUCAAUCACUAAUAAAUUCCUAGGUUAGAUUUUAUGAUCUACAAUUACUAAUCACAAAAGUUGUAAAAAUUAAAUUACCAAAAGAUAAAUAGUUUUGACAAAAGACUCCAUUGUGAACAAUAUACAAACAUGUACAUCUGCA